AUGCAGGUUUUUGUUCUUGAUUCUGAUAAACUCGCUACCACCUUAAACAUGGCGAAAUCUUCGGCUCAGCUAACUAGAAGUAUGAGGAGAUUAGAGUCCAAAAAGCCACAUUCAUGGUGGUGGGAUAGCCACAUCUGCCCCAAGAACUCAAAAUGGCUUGCAGAAAAUCUUGAGGAAAUGGAUCGUAGAGUAAAAAAGAUGCUGAAGCUGAUAGAAGAAGAUGCAGACUCCUUUGCAAAAAAGGCUGAGAUGUAUUAUAAGAAGAGGCCGGAACUCAUAGCUCAAGUUGAAGAGUUCUACCGCAUGUAUCGUUCUUUGGCCGAGCGUUAUGAUCAUCUGACGGGGGAGUUGACGAAGAAUAUACCGUCAGACAUUCAGUCUCAGGGUUCUGGCAUCUCUGAAAUUGGCUCUGAUCUUCCCCCUAGAUGUCCCUCCCCGGAUCUAAGGCCGAGUCGUCCUGAAUCUGGCCUACGUGCUGCUGGUGAGAACAACUCUGAUGUGUACCCGAAAGGAGAUAAGUCAUCUUCUUCAACAGAUUCUGAACCGGAAUCUGAUGAUUACUCAGUUUUAUCAGGGAAUGAGGGUGAUCAAGGGGUGAGUGGGAAAAUGGCUGAACUGGAGAUUGAUCUCAAUGAAAUGAAAGAGAAGCUACGGAUGCUAGAAGAAGGGAGCAUUGAAAGGGGAGCAAAGAAUGAUAAUUCGGAUCUUCUUGCUAGAAUUAUUGAGUACGAAGAAAAAAUGAAAAUUGGUAAUGAACGAAUACAGCUUUCUGAAGAGAAAAUCACUUCGUUGAAGAUUGAGCUCCAGAAAUACAAACAACUCGGAACAACUGGCUCAGAAUCAUGGAUAGAAGAAAGUGUGAAGAUGGACAAAGAAAAUGAACAUGUAGUUAGCAAGACGCAGGCAUUGCUGGAAGAAAAUGCUAGUUUGAAGCUUGAGAAGAAAGAUCUGCAGGGUCAUCUCGAUUUGACUCGAAGGGAAAUUGUGGAGCUGAAACUGGAGCUUGCUAAGAGAAGCAAUUACAUUAAAGUUCUAAAUGAAGGUCUUGAGACUUCAAAAUCAGAGAGAAAUGCGCUUAAGAGCGAGAUGUAUUCACUCAAGGCUAGUGUUAGUUCCAGGGAAGUUCGGAUUGUUCAAAUGGGCAUGCACCUUCACCAAUUACAUAUGGAACAUGUGAAGCUAAUUGCUAAAGCUGAAGCAUCUCAAAAAUCGGAGGAGGAAUUGGUAUCCAAAGUUAAGGAACUAGAGGGUGAGAUCAAGAGGCAAAGAAUCACAAUACUCGACGGAGCGGAAGAGAAACGAGAAGCUAUAAGGCAGCUUUGCUUCACCCUCGAGCACUACAGAAACGGGUAUCAUACGCUCCGGCAAGCAUUUAUCGGUAAUAACAGAGUUCCGGUUUUAACAACAUGAAUAAUAUGCAAUGCUAUAAUGAA